AUGCCGCAGCUGAGCCCCGCUGACGGCGAAGACUUGGGCGCCAACGACGAGCUUCUCCGCUUCAAGGAUGAGGGCGAGCACGACGACAAGACCAGCGUGGCCGCGGAGCGGGACCUGGACGACGUCAAGUCCUCCCUCGUCAACGAGUCCGAGACCAACAGCGGUUCUGAUUCGGAGGCGGACAGGCGAGCCAGGACCGACCCGGACUUGGCGAGCCGGGCCAGACAGAACCAGCUGUUCGGAGAAGUGCUGCGGAGACAUCAGGCCGCGGGUCUCUUCCAGCCGCCCCCCUACAUGGGAUACCCCUUCUUCAUGAUUCCAGACCUAUGCGGGCCGUAUCUCGCCGGCGGAGGCCUGGCAGCGGGCACACGUGCGUAUCUGCCCUUUCAGUGGCCCCUGAUGGACGUUCCAGGAAGAGCAGCCAUGAGAGACUCUGCCACACCCACACACCUGUCCAGCGGCGCGCCGCCUCACAUGGGUCACCUGCACCCUCUACUGUCCUACUGCCCUGAGGCCUUCUCCCCACAGAGGGCGUCGCCAAGCUUUUCACCCGAAACAGCAGGCGUGUCCAGGCCGCCGCAUGCUGCCUGCUACGCCGUCUCUCCUGGGAGCGUGGCUCAGAUGCCUCACACUUUUGAUUGGUUGCAGGGUCAGCCCGUGUAUCCGAUGGCAGGAGGAUUCUCGCCGGCCGCCCUCGCCAUGAACACUUCUAUGUCAAGCCUGGCGUCAAGCAGUUUCUCUCCCCGCAUGGUGGCGAGCUCGCCGCCGUCCGUCUCCCACGCCGCCGUGACCAUCAAACAGGAGGCCAGAGACGACAGCCCGCUGAGGAAGUCGGUGGCGGACGUCGCACGGGAGAGCGGCGUCGAUCAGAAGGCGCAUAUCAAGAAGCCGCUCAACGCCUUCAUGCUGUUCAUGAGAGAGGAGCGUCCCAACGUGGUGGCCCAGUGCCAAGUGAAGGAGAGCGCCACAAUCAACCAGAUUCUGGGACAGCGGUGGCACUCCCUGACCAAAGAUGAGCAGUCCAAAUAUUACGAGCUGGCCCGCAAGGAGCGCCUGGUACACUCGCAGCUUUACCCCGGCUGGUCGGCCAGAGACAACUACGGGAAGAAGAAGAAGCGGAAGAAAUCCAAGAGUGAAACGCAACAAGGCGCCGCUGCAGACGAUUCAUCGCCGCCGCCCAAGCGAGCGCACGUGUCACCGGACGAGGCGCCGCACGUGCACGCUCUUCUCACGCAUCCGCGCUCGCUGACGACGGCGGCGGGCGCCCACGCCCGCGCUCACUUGUCGCGGCCGCACACCGUCUCCCACCUCACGCACACACAUUUGUCCCAGGCCAGCCCCGCCUCCUCCGUGGACUCCCCGGCCACACCCACCGCGGCGCUGGCGUCGCCCGCCGCCCCGGCGCCAACCCACACGGAACACACGCACUCCCCGUACGGGCACACGUCGCCAUACGCCGACCAGCCGCUCGCCCUCACCACCAAGCCGCUGCGCAGCACGCACCCGCUAGGUCCGCCCACGUCGUCGUCGCCAUCGCACACGCCCCCGCCUCUGCCUUUCCUGGUCCCGCCCCCUUCCUCCUCCUCCUCCCACCACAACAGAAGAGCCAAUCAGGUGUAAAGAAAGAUUUUGACAGCAAAUGUAUUUUAGUAAGAAAAAGAGAAUUUUGUGGUCAAUAUUUGACUUUUGUGUCUUUUUUGUAAAAAAUUAAUCACCUGCGUUACCUUUACUCAUCAAAUAAACGUCAUUCACUUCC